CUCCAGCAACGGCACAGGAGUGGGGCACUCGCGCACGGCGAUCGCACGCCCGCACGGUGGCCCGAUCGGCUUCCAAGGCCUCACUUUCCCUAAAUGAGGAACGUUGCGAACUCCCGGGGCGGCUUUUUCUGCGGCUUCCUCGGAAUUCCCAAAGCCCGGGUUGAAAUCUCAAACGGCGCACGACAACUUUGGCUCAAGGGAGGUCGUCAUGGCCAAGGUUUAUGGACUCUAUGUCGGUCUACUAACAGCGCUGACCUUGUGCGAAGGGUCCUUGGCCGGCUGGAACGCCACCAGUGAGGCCCCCUGCCGUCGCCUUGGCAACGGAGACAACUGCACAGCACCCACCUCGAGCACGGAUGAGUGGAAUGGACACUUUACCAAAUGUCCAGAGAAGUUCCACCACUACUGCAUCAACGGGGAGUGUCGCUUUAUUAAAGACCAGGAGGCGCCGUCCUGCAGGUGUCACAGGGGCUACAUCGGCUCCAGAUGCGAGUACGUGGACCUGGACCUGCGGCGGGGGGAGCGGCAGCAGAUGAUCAUCAUCGUCGGCAUCGUUGCGGCACUCGUGGUCCUCAUUCUUCUCAUUGUGUUCAUCUUUGUCUGUUCACAUCGCAGGUUCAGAAUUUGCCGGAAGAGGAGACGGCAGCGGGAGGAACCGAGGAACGGAACGGAGAAACUCCAUAUGAUGGAUACCAACGCACAUCCCGUGACACCAGACUCAGUAGCCCCUCUAAACUAUGAUGACGUGUGACGGGAAUGUUUGCGCGUGGCUUACG